AUGGGUUGCGACGGAGGAACAAUCCCUAAGAGGCAUGAACUGGUGAAGGGGCCGAAGAAGGUUGAGAAGGUCGACAAGGAUGCUGAAUUAGUGGCCCAGUGGAACUACUGUACUCUAAGUCAGGAAAUAUUAAGACGACCAAUAGUUGCCUGUGAACUUGGCAGACUUUACAACAAAGAUGCAGUCAUUGAGUUUUUAUUGGACAAAUCUUCCGAAAAGGCUCUUGGGAAGGCAGCCUCUCACAUUAAAAGCAUUAAGAAUGUGACAGAACUGAGGCUCUCUGACAACCCCGCCUGGGAAGGCGAUAAAGGAAACACUAAGGGUGACAAGCAUGACGACCUCCAGCGGGCACGUUUCAUCUGCCCUGUCGUGGGGUUGGAAAUGAACGGCCGACACAGGUUUUGCUUCCUCCGGUGCUGUGGUUGCGUGUUUUCUGAGCGAGCCCUAAAAGAGAUCAAAGCAGAAGUUUGUCACACGUGUGGGACUGCCUUUCAGGAGGAUGAUGUCAUCGUGCUCAACGGCAGCAAGGAAGAUGUGGAAGUGCUGAAAAGCAGGAUGGAGGAGAGGCGGCUGCGAGCCAAGCUGGAGAAGAAAACAAAGAAAUCUAAGGCAGCAGAAUCUGUCUCAAAAUCAGAUGUCAGUGAAGAAACCCCAGGACCAUCAAAAAUGAAAACAGGGAAGCCCGAGGAAACCAACCUUGACACUCGAGAGAAGAAGACCAACUCGGCUCCAAAAAGUGCAGCAGCACACGGGAUCGCUUCUGGAAAAGCCGCGAAGAGGUCCAUUGCCGACAGCGAAGAGUCAGAAGCUUAUAAGUCUCUCUUCACCACCCACAGCUCCGCCAAGCGCUCCAAGGAGGAGUCGGCCCACUGGGUCACCCACACAUCCUACUGCUUCUGA